CCCAAUGGCUGAUGAUAUUUGGCUUCUUCUUCCUCUUGAUCUUAACCAGAGAUUGGGCAUGUCAUGCCGCUGCUUUGUCUUCUGACCAGGCGCAUGUUGGGGGAGAGAUGCCGAAACCAAAGCAUAUAAUAUCGGAACAGAGAAAAGAAAAGGAGAUGGCUAGGUCCCCACUGCCGAAGAAGUUCGAUAGCAAGUGAUUCCUCACAUGGCAACCUUUCUAGGUGAUAGUGUUGUUCAACAUCAAGGACAAGCUAUUUGACAUUAUAAAGUUGCAACUUGGAGUCUCGCAUCAUCUCUGAAAUCUUCUCUUGACCGGUUGCGAGAUUUUCGUACCUAACACGCUAUAUUUCAUUCAAUUGAUGCAGUGGCAGACGCGCACCGUAUUAGAUCGACAUUAUAAACUUGCAACUUGAGUCUACCGUCAUCUCCAAAAUAUGCAUUUGUCCGGUUGCGAUAUUUUCGUACCUAACGUGCUAUAUUUUAUUUUAUUGCUAAAAUCGCUAUAUUUUAUUCAAUUGAUGCACUGGUUGACCAUGUCUUUUUUCUUUUCCGUCCACGAGCACGCAGUCUUCAAUUGAUGCACCUUAUCUAUAGAUUCAAUCACACCGCUUAAAAUUGCACGCUUGGAAAAAGGCCGAGCGAGCAAGCUUCCUGUCUUCAGGUCACGGAGAGCAAGACUACCACUGUGCACCCGGAGUGUCCUCCAAUAUGGAUAUGGGGAUGAUCGGAAUGAUAGUCGGAGGAUGGUUUGCAACCUGCGUCGUAAAUAAACUGGCUGAGAAGGUUUCGCUGCAUUUGGACGACCAAUAUGAUCUGCUCACGGGUGCGAAGGCUAUGGCGGAAGAUGUAAAGGCCAGGCUUCCUCGUAUCCGAGCCGUGAUCCAGGCAGCGGAGGGGAGGCCGAUCAGGGACCCAGCUCUGGCUGCAUGGCUGAGGCAACUCAAAGAUGCUGCCUAUGAGGCUGACGACAUGCUGGAUGAGUUUGAAUUCAAGGAGCUUCAUGAUAAGCUGCACAGCAAGAGCAAGGUGAGCGACUUCGUAUCCCCCGCUGUUAAGCUUCUCAAGCAUUUUAUAAUGUCCGACGAUGACCUGAAAAAUUUGAAAAAUCUUGCGGGAAAUCUUGAAAAGAUUUAUCUUGAUAUCAAUUGUAUGGAAGAACAAUUAAAGGACUACAACUCACAGCAGAGGAGUGUGACCAGAGAGACCAGCUCGAUUAUCCAGGACAUUGUGGUUGGGAGAGACAGAGAGAGAGACAUGAUAUUAGAUAUGUUGUUGCAUUUAGCUGAUGAACCGGAAUCUAGCAUCAAAAGUGGGGCUGGGAGUAGUAGCUACCCGAGUCUUGGUGUUCUUCCUAUAGUAGGCAUUGGAGGUGUUGGCAAGACUGCUCUGGCUCAACUUAUUUAUAAUGAUGAAAGAGUAGCAAGGUAUUUUGAGCUGAGGAAGUGGGUCUAUGUGUCUGACAAUUUUGAUGUCAAGCGGAUUUCUAAAGAGCUGGCAUAUGACUCGGUGCACGACCGAAUCCCGGACGAUAUUAGUUUGGAUGGCAUUCUAGGGAAAGUUGGAGAUGCUACGAGGAACCAGAGGUUUUUGUUUGUCCUUGAUGAUGUGUGGGAUGAGACAGGUAGCAAGUGGAGGGAACUCCGUGGUGCCUUAACAUCUGGAGCGAAAGGAAGCAUGGUUCUGGUGACAACACAGAGUCCAGUAGUAGCAGAAGUUAUGGGCACGAUGGACCCGAUAGAAUUGAAGAGCCUACAAGAAGAUGACUACUGGAUACUUUUCGAACAUUGUGCGUUCGGUGAAAAAAUUCUGGAGGAAGAGCGAAGGGAAAAAUUGCAAACAAUAGGAAGAAAAAUAUCUGAAAAACUACAUGGUUUACCUCUAGCUGGGAAGGUACUGGGAAGUUUAUUGAACUCCAAACUGGAUGAGGAUUACUGGAAGAUGAUCUUAGAAAGUGAGUGGUGGGAACAUGAAUAUGUUUUAGAUAAUAUCCUUCCAUCUCUAGCUUUAAGUUACGAACACUUGAAUGCAAAUUUAAAGCAAUGCUUCGCUUACUGUUCCAUAUUUCCCAGGAGCUAUGUUUUCGAAAAAGAUCGGUUAGUCCAGAUGUGGAUGGCUCAAGGUUUUAUCCAGAACAAGAGUCGAGUAAGAAUGAGAAUGGAGGACAUCGGGGGUCAGGUAUUUGACGAAUUAACUAGCAGGUACUUCUUUCUACCAACUCCGACUGACAAGUAUGUGAUGCAUGGUCUGAUAAGAGAAUUGGCAGUUUAUGUUUCAUUGGAUGAAUGUUUGGUCAUCAGCGAUGAGAAAGGAGAAAUUCCAGAGACAAUUCGCCACCUGACUCUGAGGACUGAUAGAAUGGAUGCAAUUACGGACACGUGUAGACUUCAAAACCUACGGUCUAUUUUAUUCUUUGGUGAUUAUGAUUCUGAAAGAUUUUCCAUUUUUCUUGACGGCAUGUUAAAACAAUCAAAAAGCCUGCGUGUUUUGGAUUUAUCUUACGGUCAGGUGAAGCUGAAGAAGCUACCGGAUGCUAUCAGUGCGUUAUCACAUCUACGGUACUUAGAUGUCUCCUGCACUAAGAUCAAACAGCUGCCCAAAUCAUUUGGUAGGCUUUGCCAUCUUCAAGUUCUGAGGAUGCGAUCCUGCCACCUUAAAAGGUUACCCGAAGACAUGAACAAAUUAAUCAACUUGCGGCAUUUAUAUGGAGAAGCAGACACAAUUUCUCUAAUUACUGGGAUUGGAGAUCUUAUCAACCUUCAAGAAUUAGAGGAAUUCCGAGUCACAAAGAAAAGGCGACAUGAGAUUGGAGAGUUGAAGGGCUUGCGAAAUCUUCGGAGACGGCUUGCGAUCAAGAAUCUUGAGAAUGUCAAUAGUAAGGAGGAGGCCAUGGAGGCGAUGUUGGAAGACAAAGAACACCUAACUGCAUUGCAUUUAGUAAAGAAUUUAGAUGCAAGAAGACUUCCUGAUGCGGAGAAGGAGAUAUUUGAAGGCCUCCAACCACAUCCCAGUCUUAAAGAGCUGACGAUCAAGGGCUACGGAGGUACCAGAUUUCCAACUUGGAUGGUGGAAAGGAAGUUUCUCACCAAUCUAGAAUUUAUUUCUCUAGAUUCUUGUGGCAGGUUGAAGAGUCUGCCGCCACUAGGGCAGCUGCCUUUCCUCAAGGAACUUCAUCUUUCUAACAUGCCUGCCGUAAAACGAAUUGGUCGUGAAUUUUAUGGUGACACUGGUGUGGCAUUUCCAUCCCUCGAGGCACUAACAUUUAAGGACUUCAAGGAAUGGGAGGAAUGGUUGGAAGCAGAUGGCGCACAAUUUUUACCUCGGCUCCAUGCACUCGAACUCCAUGGAUGCUUCAAGCUAGGGAAAGUACCCCUCCUCUUCCUGUCCUCAUCGCUUGAACAGCUCAGCAUCCAAUACUGUGGUGACUUCGCCAAUGCACUGCCCGCAUGUUUGCAGAGUCUCACCUCUCUCAUCAACCUAGAGAUCGCGGAUUACCACGCCCAAGUAUCUCUUUGUUUAUCAAAUUUGAGUUCUCUCAAAACUUUGCAACUUCGGAAUUGCCCGGAGAUGAAGUUAGUUGCGGGGGGGUUACAGUUCCUUACUACUCUUGAAACACUACAACUCACAGGAUGUCCUAAGCUCAUCGAGUCCUUAGAGCCUGUGCAGCUCCACGAGGAGCAGGGAUUGCGAACUCUCAGAGGUCUCACCGUAGCCGAUACGGUCCUACUUCAAAAUCUGUGGAUUGUGUUGGGAAGCCUCCCCUCACUGCGGGGGAUGCAUAUUUAUGGGUGUCAUAUGGCCAACUUUACAAGGGAACAGGAGCUGUGGUUCCAGCAACUGACAUCCCUUCAAGAGCUGGAGUUUAAUUACUGCCUGAGCCUUGAAAGCCUACCUUCUUUUUUGGAAAAUUUUCCCUCUAUCAGGAAGUUAGUUAUAAUCAUCUGCCCUAAGGUUAGCUCACUGCCAGGGAAUGGCUUGUCUGCUUCGCUUGAAGAAUUACACAUCGAUGCAUGCCCUUUGUUGAAGGACCAAUGCCAAAGAGGAGGAGCUGAUUGGCCAAAGAUUGCUCACAUACCUUUCAUACGUAUUGAUUCCGAAACCAUACAAACGCUGUGAAAAGAGAAUUCGAUGCCGCUCCUACAUCCAUUGUUCAGCAAAACAGCCACCCAGCUUUAUUAAGAAAGUAAAAAUACAGGGAAGUUAUAGGAAGAGGGGGGAGGUGGAAGAUUAGAGGUUUGCAGGAUCUGGAAACACUAAGAUCAGAAUAACAAACAGAGGAUCUGAAAACGCUCUUGCAAGGCACCAGUUAUGGAUAUUGGAAUACAGGUUCGUUUCGUAGGUCACUAGGUCCCCCUGCGGAUCUGCUUUCUAUUUGGGAACUUCACUGCCAUUGAAUUCUUCACAUGGAAACCGAGCCCUCCAUGCAAGUCGAGCCUUAUCUGAAUUCGCUGAAGUUGUUUCAAACCUUCCAUCAUCACCGCAUCUGCCUCUGAAGAAGCCACAGCAGAGUGCAGCAUAUUCAAUUUCGCAUUGUUAUUUGGAGUUGCUGUAGCAUCCUCCAUCUUGUUAAUUCCUGCUGCUAUGAAGUUUAACCUUUUGUAUGAUGUAUGAAAGCCAAUUUCUGAAGUUGCUUCCGGGAGAGCUUUUUCAAAAUUUGUUGAAACCAAAUAUCUGGAUCUGUUUGCAGAUGACUAACCCAGAAUAAUUACAUUCGGACUGGCAUACGUUCUUGUUUUA